AUGGCCCCACUGCCAAUGGGGGUGUUCCUAUGGCUGUUGCUGCUGCUGCCACUGGGUCACGCUGCUCCCAAGGAUGGAGCCACCAGGCCAGACCCAGAAGUACAGCCCUUGCCCAACCCCUUCCAGCCCGGCCAGGAGCAGCUACGACUGCUGAGGAGCUACCUGAAGGGCCUGGAGAGGAUGGAGGAGGAGCCGGGGCACAUGAGCCGGGAGCAGGUUCUCCUCUACCUCUUUGCCCUUCACGACUAUGACCAGAGUGGCCAGCUGGAUGGCCUGGAGCUCUUGUCCAUGCUGACAGCGGCUCUUGCCCCUCAGGCUGCUGACUCACCCAACACCAACCCGGUGAUCCUCGUUGUGGACAAGGUGCUUGAGACCCAGGACCUGGAUGGAGAUGGGCUCAUGACCCCCGCAGAGCUUAUCAACUUCCCACGGGAGGCCCCCAGCCACACGGAGCCCAGAGAGCCCCUGGCUCCAUCUCCCCAGGAACCACUGCUGGCUAAGGGCCCCUCGAGACAAGAAACACAGGGAGCUGGGGGUCCCCAAGAAGUAGCCGCAGGCCAAGCAGAAGGCGAAAGGGAGCCAUUGGAGCCAGUGCCAGAGGCCAAGGUUGUGGCAAGGGCUGAAGGAGAGGCCCCGAGUCCUCCCUCAGGGGAAGCCAGAGGCCAGGUAGAAGCCAGGAACGAUGGAGAUGCCAGAGAGACCCCCAGGGAGACCCUGGCAGCUAAGGGCACCCCAAAUGUGCUUGAGGCACACAGCAUUCAAUUGGAGAAUGAUGAGAUGUAA